CGGCGAAUCUCGCGAGGACUCGGCUGUGAGAACUGAUCUGGGGUCAGAGUAAGCAGGGGAAUUUGAGCCAGUGACGUCGAGCCAACGCUGAUGUUUGGAUACAGGAAGCUUGUAGUAGACAGCGAGGCCGGACCGAGAUGGCGUGCAGUGACAUGGAGAAGCUCAGCCUUGAUGAGCCCUACUGUGACGGCGAACUCUCCGGUUGUGCGGCAGCCAUGGAGAAAGAAAGGGAGUCCUAUCUGAGCCCGACGGAGAACCCCUCCACCAUCAGCGUCUCCGCUAGUAUCCCUCCGGACCAGCAAGGCUAUGACGUGGAGUUUGACCCUCCGCUGGAGAGCAAGUAUGAGUGCCCCAUCUGUCUGAUGGGUCUUCGCUCGGCAGUCCAGACUCCAUGCGGACAUAGAUUCUGUAACUCAUGCAUCAAGAAGUCCAUCAGGGACACAGGGCAGAAAUGCCCAGUUGACAACGAGGUGCUGCUUGAGGAACAGCUCUUCCCUGAUAACUUUGCCAAACGAGAGAUUCUCUCACUUACUGUCCGGUGUCCUAAUGUCGGAUGCAGUGAUAAAAUGGAAUUGCGCCAGCUGGAGAAACACUUGUCUCAGUGUAAGUUUGCCACAGUGCAGUGCCCUCAGUGCCUGGAAUCUGUUCGUAAGAGCCAUCUGGAUGAACACAAGAGCGAGCAGUGUUUACAGCGGCUUAUGACCUGCCCUGACUGUGCUGGGAGCUUUGUGUAUGCUAACAAACAGAUUCAUGAACAGAUUUGUCCUUUCGCCAACACAGUGUGUGAAUAUUGUGAAAUGGAGCUUAUUCGGGAUCAGUUGGCAUUGCACUGUGACACCGACUGUCUGAAAGCCCCUGUAGCCUGUACUUUCAGCGCUUUUGGAUGCCAUGUAAAGAUGCCAAGAAAUGAACUGGCCCAGCACAUGCAGGAAUUUACACAGAUGCACAUGCGUUGCAUGGCUGAGUUUCUGCGCAGCCAGACUUUCAAUAGCUGCCCGGUGUCCUCGGUUGCCACCCACUCUCCCUCAGAUGAACGUGGGGCCACUGCCCGGGCCCCAGAUUCUUGCCAGUGCAGACAGGAGCUGAUGAACCUGCGUGAGACGGUCUUGGAGCUGGAGGGUCGGCUGGUCCGUCAAGAUCAACAGAUCCGCGAGCUCUGCAUCCACAACGAGACACAGAAAAAACAGGUCAUGGAGCUACGCCAUAAGCAGAGCUCCCUGGAGGAGGCCACCCGAGAGCUGGAAGCCCAGCAGUAUCAAGGCAUCUACGUGUGGCGCUUGGAGAACUUCUCACUCCACCUGCGCAACCAAGAAGCCGGUCAGCCUAUAGUUCUCCAUAGCCCGCCUUUCUACACGGGCCGGCCGGGGUACAAACUGUGCCUGCGACUGCAUCUGCAAACUCCCAGCGCCCCUCGCUGCUCCAACUACAUCUCGCUUUUCGUGCACACUAUGCAGGGUGAGUUCGACAGCCAGCUCUCCUGGCCCCUGCAGGGCACCAUCCGGCUGGCGGUGUUGGACCAGGUCGAGGGGCAGCAUCACGUGGAAGUGAUGGAGACCAAGCCGGACCUGCAGGCCUUCCAGCGGCCCACUGUGCAGCGCAACCCCAAGGGUUUCGGCUACGUCACCUUUCUGCACCUACAGUCUUUGCGGCAGCGAGGGUUUGUGAAAGACGACGUGCUGCUGGUGCGCUGCGAGGUCACGCCGCGAUUCGACGCUAGCCUCAGGAGGGAAGGGGUCCAACCUCGGGGGUCCGAACCAUCACUUUGAGUUCUUGCAUCGCUCCUGCACUCUUAAGUUCUCAUAGACACUUUGCUGAAAUGAACAUGUGGCAAAACUCGAACUUUUUUUUUUUUUUUUUUGACUCUUUGGGAUACACCAGCCUUAGUAAUGAUGGUUUUACAAAGUUUCGUAACCAGUAUGUCUGUUGUGAAGUGUUUUAUAUACAAAUGUUGUUUCUCAAAAACCUUUUAAUCGGUGCAAUUAAUAGACAAACCUACUCAUGAUUAGCCUUCGAAAAUUCACUGAAUGUCCUGUCAACCAAGCUAGGGAGUGUAAAACUAUAGUUUUAAUGGUGCUGCUUGUGCAAAGUGUUAGCUUUCACCGAUGCUUUUUACAAUACUACAUUCGACUGCUCAUUUUUGCUGCCUAUUCUGCCUACUCAACAGU